UGCCCUGGGCAUGGCGCUCCAAACGAGCCCAUGUGACCUGUCAGAAGCAGCAUGCACGUGACCUCCUCUAGAUCACAUGACCACAAUAGUCAAAUAUGUCCGACAUUGAUACAGCCAAGUCUCUGACUGGGCUGCUCAACGGAAUAGCUCAAAAAGCAUAUCACAACCACGGUGAGGUCACCGAGGACCUCCUAAGGACGGAGCUUUACCCCGACCUGUCCCCGGAGGACUUCCACGCCCUGCACGACAAGAUGAGAGGCCUGCUGAAGUCAAUCGCUAUGGCGGACAUGGACCCCGGCCAGCUGGAGGCCUUCCUCACGGCCCAGAUGAAGAGGCAGGGCGGCGGAGGGAUGAGCGAGGGUCAGGCCAGCGCCCUCUCCCGCUUCUGGAGGAGCCAGCGGGCCAGGGUGCGGGAGAGCCUGCUAGCCCAGAGCCGCUGGGAGCCCGGCCUGCGGGGCCUGGCCUGGAGGGUGGACCUGCAGACAUCCAGCGGCCGGGGGCCGGAGGCCGCCCCGGGGGGGCCUGUGGCCCUGCUGGAGCUGGAGCUGGGACGCCCCUCCCAGGUCUCGGAGUACGUGUGUCUGGAGUGUGACGAGGUCACCGUCAACCAGGUGCUGAAGAAGAUGGCCGACAUCCAGAGGAGCAUCGACACCGUCGUGCACCGUAGCUAGACCGACGGAGACCGGUACAGGACCGGACCGGUCUGUAGUCCUGCUGCCCUGCACAGGAGUCCUAGACCGUGUCUGUGUCUGUAGUCCUGCUGACCUGGAGGAGGAUUAGGUGGAGGAUUCUUUCUCCGGCUCAGAUCCUCUCGCAACUUGAAAGAAAGCUGAUGAUGGGACUUCUGAAAACAUUUUGUGUUACUCCUCAAAGCUGUAGCCGAUCGUUUCCUCUUGGGGCCUCAGUGAACGUCUUCUUUGUCUACAAACCCACUUAUUAGAGCUGAACUCCUCCUUAACUAUUACGUUGUAUUGGAAGAUGCCUACCGUAAAUACUUGAUUAAACAUGAGUUUUAAUUGUAGCUUUGGACCUUCUCACAUUUAAUUCAUUUGCAGUCUCUGCACAACAGCAAACAAUUAGAUCAUGCAUGUUUACUUUUGCCAUUUUGGAUAUUUGUUGUGAUGCAGUCAUUGUCCUGCUUGCUCUGGCCUCUGACCUUCGACCUUCCGCAUCAGAGACUGUUUUGUUGCACUGAGGAAGCUGAAAUUUGUGUCAAUUUUUGUGUCAAACUGAACCAAGAAGUUUCUUAAAUCUGUUCCUUGUGGUUUCAUGUCCUGAAGCACACCCUAAAUAACUGAUUGCAAAUAUUUUUGUUAAGUUGAUUAUCUGGUUCAAGCUCUACUUGUGGUAUGCAAUGAUAAAUACAUGAAUCAUUAAUCACA